UCUCCAUCUCCAUCAUCUCCCCAUCCUCCUUCUUUCCCUCUCUUCUUCUUCUUCUUCUUCCUCUCUACCCGUCCUUGCUCUGAGAGUUGUGAUCGGGCAGACUCCGUUUGAUUGACCUAAUUACCCUCUUCUGUCUGUUUCUGUCUUCUAUCCUUCACACCCCCUUCCUCAAGAUGCAGAGAGCUCUCGGUUCCAGGACCUCUGUCCUUUCCGCUGCUUCUAAGCGCGCUCCCCUUUACAGAUCUUCCGGCGUUAACCUGCAACAGCAGCGUUUCGCCCACAAGGAGCUCAAGUUCGGCGUUGAGGCUCGUGCCCAGCUCCUCAAGGGUGUUGACACCCUUGCCAAGGCUGUCACCUCCACCCUUGGUCCUAAGGGUCGCAAUGUCUUGAUUGAGUCUCCUUACGGCUCUCCCAAGAUCACCAAGGACGGUGUGAGCGUUGCCAAGGCCAUCACCCUUCAGGACAAGUUCGAGAACCUCGGUGCCCGUCUCCUCCAGGAUGUUGCUUCCAAGACCAACGAGCUUGCUGGUGACGGUACCACCACCGCCACCGUCCUCGCCCGUGCUAUCUUCUCCGAGACCGUCAAGAACGUCGCCGCUGGCUGCAACCCCAUGGAUCUCCGCCGCGGUAUCCAAGCUGCCGUCGAAGCUGUCGUUGACUACCUUCAGCAGAACAAGCGUGACAUUACCACCGGUGAGGAGAUUGCCCAGGUCGCCACCAUCUCCGCCAACGGCGAUACCCACGUCGGCAAGCUUAUUUCCACUGCCAUGGAGAGAGUUGGCAAGGAGGGUGUCAUCACCGUGAAGGAGGGCAAGACCCUUGAGGACGAGCUUGAGAUCACCGAGGGCAUGCGCUUCGACCGCGGUUUCACCUCCCCCUACUUCAUCACCGACACCAAGGCCCAGAAGGUCGAGUUCGAGAAGCCCCUGAUUCUGCUCUCCGAGAAGAAGAUCUCCGCUGUCCAGGACAUCAUCCCUGCCCUUGAGGCCUCCACCACCCUUCGCCGCCCCCUCGUCAUCAUUGCUGAGGACAUCGAGGGUGAGGCUCUCGCUGUCUGCAUCCUGAACAAGCUCCGUGGUCAGCUUCAGGUUGCUGCCGUCAAGGCCCCUGGCUUCGGCGACAACCGCAAGAGCAUUCUCGGUGACUUGGCCGUUCUCACCAACGGUACCGUCUUCACCGACGAGCUUGACAUCAAGCUCGAGAAGCUCACCCCCGACAUGCUCGGAUCCACUGGUUCCAUCACCAUCACCAAGGAGGACACCAUCAUCCUCAACGGCGAGGGCAGUAAGGACAACAUCGCCCAGCGCUGCGAGCAGAUCCGUGGCGUCAUGGCCGACCCCGGUACCUCCGAGUACGAGAAGGAGAAGCUCCAGGAGCGUCUCGCUAAGCUCUCCGGCGGUGUUGCCGUCAUUAAGGUCGGUGGUGCCUCCGAGGUUGAGGUCGGUGAAAAGAAGGACCGUGUCGUCGACGCCCUGAACGCCACCCGUGCUGCCGUUGAGCAGGGUAUCCUUCCCGGAGGUGGUACCGCCCUCCUCAAGGCCUCUGCUAACGGCCUGGACAACGUCAAGACCGCCAACUUCGACCAGCAGCUCGGUGUCAGCAUCAUCAAGAACGCUAUCACCCGCCCUGCUCGCACCAUCGUCGAGAACGCCGGGCUCGAGGGUAGCGUCAUCGUUGGCAAGCUCACCGACGAGUUCGCCAAGGACUUCAACCGUGGUUUCGACAGCUCCAAGGGCGAGUACGUUGACAUGAUCGCCACUGGUAUCGUCGAUCCCCUCAAGGUCGUCCGCACCUCUCUGGUUGACGCCAGUGGUGUCGCCUCCCUCCUCGGUACCACUGAGGUUGCCAUUGUUGAGGCCCCUGAGGAGAAGGGCCCCGCCGGACCCCCCGGUGGCAUGGGUGGUAUGGGUGGUAUGGGCGGCAUGGGCGGUGGCAUGUUCUAAGCUGCUCCCACCGCUUCUGCUACUCCUUCAAUCUAACCCCCACCUUCCGCCCUUGUUUCUGAACGAUUUUUCCUUCAAGCGUGUUGUUGCAUAGUCCGGGUUAUAUCCUGAUAUAUGAAUUUUUCCAUUUUCUGUUUUCUUAAUGUGUCGCAUGUCUCUUGCCAAACCUCUUGCUAUCUUACAUCCGAUCUUAACCUUCUUCUCCCUUCCACCUUUUCUUCAGUGUUCGGAUCGAAUUUCUACUCUCACCCCCUCUCCACUCCGCUAUUUUGGGCACACAAAAGUCUCACGGAGUCCAGUGUACCAUACCAUGUACUUUAUGUGUAAACCCCACGGCCGUUAGCUCUAUCGUGGUGGUUGUACUUUCGAAUCUACUUUAAUCGUUCAAGG